GCAUGCUCAAGAAUUAAUCGAGUGAAGAUGGCCGCGGCGCGGCGGUGGACGUCGCUUGUGUUCACGGGACAAGGCAGCCAACGCGUGGGAAUGCUGCAAGAUCUUCUAGACCAAUGGCCUCAACAUGUCGCCCCUCUUCUCGAUGAAGCUGAAGCAGUCAUGAAGCGAAACCUCAAGAACCUGAUGCUGCAAGGUCCUCAAGAAACCCUCACCGACACGUCUAUCGCACAACCUGCGAUUUUAACCCACUCGACUGCAGUGCUGCGUAUCCUUCAGCACGAAGCAGACUUUGACGUGGCGUCGGAGGUCCACCGUGUGCUUGGACAUUCGCUUGGGCAAUUUACGGCGCUGGUCGCUGCCGAAGCGCUCUCGUUUCGUGAUGCAAUUGACUUGGUGCACUUUCGAGGAACGGCGAUGAAAGACGCCAUGGCCGGGUCGGACAAGGGUGCGAUGGCCGCGCUAUUUCCUGUCGACCCAGCCGUUGCCAACGAUAUUUGCAAGUCGGUGCAAGAGUCCACGGGUCUGGUCUGCUCGGUGGCCAACUACAACUCAUCGAAGCAGACUGUCAUCAGCGGUCACGAUGAAGCGGUGGAGGCGGCGGUGGCCCUCGCCAAGUCACGCAAAGUUCGCCGCGCCGUCAUGCUGGACGUGAGCGCUCCGUUCCACUGCUCUCUCAUGCAACCUGCAGCCGACGCCCUCGCAACGCGUCUGUGUGGAAUCUCCUUCCAAAGACCCAUUGUGCCUGUGAUAUGCAACGUGACUGCGAAAGCGAUGGAUCCUGCGGAAUUGCGAUCGGCAUUGGUGGACCAGGUGACGCAGCCGGUUCGGUGGAGCGACUCUGUCGACUUCUGCAUUCAACGAGAUACUCAGGGAAGCGACAAGGUGGAGUUCCUUGAACUCGGGUUUGGUGGCGUGCUCACGGGGCUGAUACAGCAGCACGCACCAACCUCUGCGUCCUGCACACCCCUGGGAACAGCCGACGACGUGCGCAAAUGGAUUGCGGCGAGGAACGCGGCAGCAUGAAGAUGGUGGCGAUGACGACAUGAUCCAAGUGGGUGGAAAGAGAGUCGAUUAACAUGGAAUAUGACAUCGUCUUCUUGAGCGAGGAA